UAACACUACCGUACACUGAGAAAAGAGACGGCAAAAAUGGCUCUUGAUAAUUUAAUUUUCGCUCAAUGCAUUCUGUAUUUUUUAGCCUUUAUGUUUGGGUUUAUCGCCGUGGUGCCUCUGUCCGAAAACACGGAGGACUUCGGCGGCAAAUGUUUGCUGUUCACGCGUGGGAUGUGGCAGAAUGAGAACAUCACGGUGUCUAAGCAGCGCUUCAUCGUGGAGGAGUGGGGUGCUGAGUCCAACUGCAGCUUCAUCGCUUUUGUUGGGAUAGCCUCCCUCAUAUUAUCCGCAGUGCAGGCCUGGAGGUUGCUCUUCUUCUUGUGCAAAGGACACGACGACUCCAUCUUCAAUGCCUUCCUCAACUUGGUGAUCAGCUCCUUAGUGGUGUUCACCAUCUUCCUGUCGAGCACCAUGGUCAGUCUGGGCUUCAACCUAUGGUGCGACUCCAUCACAGAGGGUGGCACCCUGCCCAGCAGCUGUGAAGACCUGCAGGACACUGACCUAGAACUGGGCCUUAACAACUCUGCUUUCUAUGACCAAUUUGCAAUAGCUCAGUUUGGUUUAUGGGCUGCGUGGCUCACCUGGCUGGCCAUCACCCUGCUGGCCUUUCUCAAGGUUUACCACAACUACAGAGAAGAAGACCUUCUGGACAGUCUCAUCCACGAGAAGGAACUGCUGCUUGGACGCUCCUCACGCCGCAACUCUGACCUUAAGACCGGCCUCAUCUAGAAAGAAAAAAAAUCCAUCCACAAACACACUCAGUCAUCUAUACAAUCUCCUCUCCUGCCAUGAGAAACGCCAAUGUUUGCCUCUGUUGACAAUCGAAAUCGGUUUAUAUUCGUCCUCUAGUUGAUCAAUCCUUCUUUUCACGAGUCUCUUUACCCACUCAGUACGUUUCUCCUUUAAUCGGAUGUCUUAGUAUCAACACCAUUAGAGUUUAUGAUACUUAAAAUCGCAGUGUUAAAGGCUUGGACACUUUGUUGGACCUUGUCUUUGUGAAUCCUAUGCAUGAGACUAAAUGCAUGAUGAAAUGAGAAUACCAUGGCUUUUAGGUCUGAUCUCAUUUUAUACACCAAUAACUGUGACUUUUGUUUUAUUUAAGGUUCAUACUGCAUGCUGCAGCAAAAAUACAUUUGCGUGCUUUUGUGGUAUUCCCGCAAAAAAAAAAAAAGUUCUACUGUCGUCUGUCUCAAAAUGCUUUUAGCGACUGGUGUCACACAGUAUCUCAGGCUACUUCUUACUAUUUACUGUCAGCAUUAAGCAUUCAUCCUUGGUGUGAUAAAAGAAAAAUGACUACAAGAAACUCAA